AUGACGACUCCAGCAGUGCAAACAAACAUGCACACCUCUAUUACUAUAAAUAAACCCACUGUUCUGUCCCCAGACCUGAGAAAGUGUAGGAAUGUUGGCGACUUGGUUGCGACCGUGGGUCGCGAAAUCUUCAACGAGAUGGAGCCGGAGACUUUCCUGUACACUGUCCAGGGGGAUGACGGUGUUCAAGUACCACUAAACGGACCGGACUACGAUCCUGAACGCUCCCUACCUUUUGCCGACUCGGCGCUUCACAUUUCAGCACGACCAAAGCAACCAGACUUCUACGUUUACGUCCACCUUCCGCAACACGAGUUCACGCAACCAUGGCCAGCGCAUGGUCGUGUCAAUGUGCAGUGGUGUGAUACUGGAAGACGUGUCAAGGAGAGGAUCAAUGCGGAAUACGGCAUUCCGAACACAUACUUCUACGAGCUAUCUCUUGGCAAUCGACAUAUCGUCGAUAGUAAGACCCUGUAUGAGCAGAAGAUCUACGGCGACUGCGUUGUGGCUGUCAGACUCAUCGUUGCAAUCAAGUUCCGGUUCAACAACGAGACUUGUACGGCCUGGGUUUGGAACGAUGACAAAAUGACGAAGUUACUGAAGAAAAUUGCCAGGAAAAUGGACAAUAGAAUCGAGGAUGUUCGAUUUGCGAUCAUAAAAUGCUCCGGUACCGUUACGGAAGCAGCAGAACAGUGGCUGCCCAAUCGGUCAAGGUUUUUCUUGGCAGACGGCGCCGAAGGAACGGUAGAAGACAAUGGAUUGCGCUUUGGGGACGAGAUCAGAGCGUUCUGCCUGCUGGAGAGCUCUAGAAGGGCGAGGGAGUCCAUUGACCGGGAAUCCAUGGAAACCGAAUAG